AUGCUGGGCGGAGUGUCUACUGAAGAAGCAUGGGAUAACCAUAUCGUCAUGCCUUUGAAAACGUUCAUCCAGCAUGGCCCUAACGGAGAGCAUCUCUGCAUCAUCAUGCCAUUGCUGGGCCCUCCCGUCACCGGGUCACGCACCUUCAAUUGGAACAACGUUCCGUUGCUCAAAGACAUUUGUUUUCAGCUUGUCAAGGGGAUGAGUCGUGGACUCUGUCACGGAGAUUUCCACCCGACAAAAUACAUUACCAAGGAGAUCGCGAUCAUCAUCUUCGGAGUUGCUUGCGAGGCUGAGAACUCCAUAAAGCCGUCGGUCAUCCCGGACAAAUACGCGUCACCGGAACGCCAGAGCGAGCUCGGCUCUUUACCCAGCAUCGGGAGUGAUAUGUGGGCCCUCGGAUGCACCAUCGCGGAAGUACUGUGUGGAACCACCCCCUUUGAAGUCUCCGACAAGUUCAGUUUUGAGGAGCUCGAGGGCACUCUGGGUCCCAUGCCCGAACCACUCAGGUCGCGAUUCGUGAUUAUUGUAGAGCCCAAUACAGACCUUACCGCCUUCACCAACCUUCAGAUCCUCACCUCCAUUUGCUCUGGGAGGUCAGAAAGCUCGAAGAGCGGCGACAGGAAGAAUUUGAGGCGCAUGGCACAGUGGACAUUCUGUACAAAAUCGUCGGUUGUGAAGCUUGUGGCUCAUAUCCCGAUCAAUGGGUGGAACCAGGCAAGAGGACAAGAUCAAGUGGCGGCCAGAAAACUCCUCGACCAUGAGUGGUUCAGGGGCCGCAGCCAAAACAAAACUUCGGAGCCUGGAAGGCCAAUUGGUCCCACAUUCGAAGAUAUCAUGGUGGAGGAUGUUCUUUUGCCGUUGGAGCUCAGUGUGAACGCGGACGACCUGCCUCCACAGCCACAAUGA